GGUCAUCAAGCAUACGUUUAAAUAUACAAUUACUGACACUUUUGUUAUUUGUGUUCCAUUCCAGACCGCAACUAGACUUUGCGCCUCUGCGCAUCAACUCCGAUGAAGCCUCGUCUAGGAAGUGUACUCUUUACGUGAGGCAGAACUGGAGCGAGCGCCUCUUCUCGAAGUGGAGGUUGAAACUGGUGUCAGCGCACUUUGACCACCGAAGUCCUUUCUAGAGCAGUUGGUGUAGCCUGCACUUGCGGAGUCUAUACGGGCGUGAGACAAUAUGGGCAACCUGUGUUCUUGCGUUGGAGAUGCCCAACAAAAUGCUAGCAGCCCAGCGGCUGUGGCGACUGGCUCUCCGCCCAGUAAGCCUCCGCCCCGCAAGGAGCCAGGGCCAAUGGACAUAAUAGAGCAGGCCUUGGAGGAAGCAAAGCGAGAGCUUGAGAAGAAUCGCGGGCACGACUUUAACGAUAAAUAUAAAGUCAGCAAGCUGGUUGGCCACGGGGCUUUUGCAAAGGUGAUGAUUUGCUCUCACAAAGACACGCACGAGAAGUACGCCGUGAAGACGGUGCAAAAGAACGCGGAGGACCCCGGCAAGCAGCGGGAAGGCAUCCUCAAGGAGAUAGCAAUUAUGCGCCUUCUUUGCGACCACCCCAAUACUAUUAAGCUGUAUGAAGUGUUCGAGGACAAGGAGAGCUACCACCUCAUCCUGGAGCUGUGCAGCGGUGGUGAGCUGUUUGACCAGAUUAUCGCCAAGGGUCACUUCAGCGAAAAGGACGCGGCGGAGAAAAUGCACUGCCUCUUAGAUUUUAUCAACUACGCACACUCUAAGAACAUUAUACACCGUGAUCUGAAGCCAGAAAACAUCCUGCUGUCGGAUAAGACACCACACGCGGUGCUGAAAGUUAUUGACUUCGGCACCAGUGACUUCUGCCUGGAUGGCCAACGGCUUAGUCAGAAGUUUGGGACGCCGUACUACGUUGCCCCGGAGGUUCUUAAGAAGGACUACGACAAAUCAGCGGACAUCUGGAGCGCCGGGGUCAUCAUGUUCAUCCUGCUGUGCGGCUAUCCGCCCUUCGGGGGCAAGACGGACGCUAAGAUCUUGCAGCGCGUACAAGCAGGGCAAUUCUCUUUUGACGGGAAGGAGUGGGAGGUGGUGACGGAGGCCGCGAAGGAUAUGAUCUCCAACAUGCUGGUCAUGGACACCGCUAAGCGCGCCACCGCCAAGCAGCUGCUGCAGCACCGCUGGUUCCAGGUGGCGGCCACCGCGCCGGCGGCGGCGCUGGGAGCACACAUGGUCAAGCGCCUGCGCGCUUUCGCGGGCAUGAGCCGCAUGAAGCGCCUGGCGCUGGUGGUGCUGGCGAGGACGCUAACGGACAACGAUGUAAAGCGUUUGCGGGAGCUGUUUGUGGCCAUGGACACGAACAACGACGGCCGCAUCGACAGCCAGGACCUGCACAAAGCCCUGGAGAAGGUGGGCGCCGCCAUCGACGAGCACGAGAUGCAGGACCUCUUCCACGCCUCGGACAUAGACGGCACUGGCCAGAUUGACUACGAGGAGUUCAUCGCCGCAAUGCUCGACUCGAACCGCGUCGCGCGGCGCAAGGAGGCGGUGCGCAAGUCGUUUGAGGAGCUUGAUAAGGACGGUGACGGCUUCAUCACGGCGGAGGACCUGGUGAAGGUGAUGCCGCGCGGCUCCUCGAUCGAGCUGGCGCGGGAAAUGGUGAACGAGGUGGACAAGAACAACGACGGGCGCGUGGACUAUGCGGAGUUCGAGAAGAUGAUGCAAUCCUAACCUUGACGCGCGUGGAGGAUGGGCGUUGACGAAGAAAGGCUUACUUUUCUUGCUUGCAGCCAGGAACAGGCGAGCGGUGUUCCCGGGAGUUCCAGAGACAGGACUUGUGGCUGAGUUUGGGGAAGACUUUUAGGAACGCGUUGGUGCUUUAGGGUGCCCUCUUCGAACAAAAGGUUAAACUUAGCUGUGGGGACAAUGGGUCGUUUUAUCUUGGAAAGUCCUUGCUUAACCUAUUGACGCUUGCAUUUCUGUCCGCGACUGGUCUGACCGAAGCGCAUCUCGUGCGCUGGGGGCAUGCGCAUAACGUGGCAGCGAGUUGAGGUAUACUCGUGGCGAAGGGGAGGCGAUGUGUGCAUGGGUGUGAGGGGAUGCGGUGGCACCAUUGCCACUGUGUGCUUUCAGCGCGCCUCAAGUAUGGGCGGGUUUACGGGGUCCUGAAGUGUUGACUCUUUCACCGGUGCGUCCUUUAAUUUGGCCUGACUAGGGUUUUGACCUCGGCAAGGUUCAGGUAGCUCAGCUGAUGAUCUUGUCCUAUUCCGAUGCUGUCCUGUGCUCCACAAGGGGGUACGUUUUGCACUGACUGUCCUAACCCAUUUUGUAUGGAACUGCUUGAGGGCCAACCCGUCCAAAGGGUCAUGCGGCUGGCGUCGGCCAGUACGGCGCGAGAGGUGGUAUUUGGAGGGGGUGAAGUGGUAAAUGCAGUAUGCAUGUCACAGGCGGCGCACAGUGAUAGGGUGCGCCGGGGGCUGUGGUAGGGCUUGCUAAGCGUGAGCGCGCUGUGUGCCUUAAGAGCGCGGAUACGCUGGGUCAUGGGACAACUGUCCUGUAAUGGCACUGCGCUUUUAGCAUCUUGCAUUAUAGGGGAAACACUUGUGCUAGGCGUUUCCCUUGUGUUGGCGGUGGUUGCGACGGUCGCAAACGGUACAGGCUCAGUUGCUCCUUCGUGUACGGCGGGCAAGUUUUUGAGACGGUCGACAAAAGUAUUGUAGUUGAUUUGGGUUUGAUCUUCAAUUGUUAUAUCGUAACAUUUGUGCUAUAUAUGGGCUCCUUGCGCCCGCACACUACUAAAAACUGUAAAUAGCUUCCAGAACCAUUCCUUUCCUUCACUGUUACGGGGCAGCUAAGGCGCUUCUGCACGUAAGACGAUAGAGGAAACCAUAUAUUACCAGAACUAACAUAGCAAACACGCAAGGGCACUUGCCCAGUAAAGAUACUAGAAACCGGUUACCAUGCGCUUUAGAGUGGAGCAAUUUGCGCUGGCAGCGGCUGCACUUCUAUUUGUCAGCUACGCCAGCGCAGACAACCUUAUG